AUGACGCAACCGACUCAUAACAUCGUUUCCCAAAAUGGGUUCAAACCUGCCCGAAUCCCACUGUUGAUCAAUGGAGUUUCAGUAUUUAACGAAUCAAACACCGAAAAGCAUUCACUCAUUCCAAGCGGGCAUUUCCAAGGAGCCAACCUGGCCGACUGCGCAGAGGCUCUGACUAGUAGCAGCGAAGCCUUCAUUCAAUGGUCCACAACGCCUCCAACAACCCGACGAGCAUUGCUCCUCCGCCUAGCAGAGAUUUUGAAAGAGCGUCAAGAUGAAGCCAAGAACAUCAUCAAGGCAGAGAUCCACUGUGGUGACGACUGGGCUACAGAAAACGUCAGCAGCAGUAUCAAGUUGAUCCAAGAGAGUGCCUACCUUCUUACCUCUAGGAGUAUGAAUGGCACAAUUCCUCACACUGAAGCCGAAGGCUCAUAUGGCUUCGUUUUCCCCCGUCCGUUGGGCGUCGUCCUCGGAAUCGCUCCUUGGAACGCUCCCUUGAUUCUCGGGUUUCGCGCGGUUGUUGCUCCAGUCGCGGCCGGCAAUACUGCCAUUUUGAAGGGCUCCGAACUUAGUCCACGGACGCAUCAUUUCAUCGCCGAGCUAUUUGCGGCUGCCGGCUUUCCCCAUGGUGUCGUCAACUUCAUUCUUCACAGACCCGAAGAUGCAUCUGAGGUGGUCACGACACUCAUAAGACAUACCGCAGUGAGGAAGAUCAACUUCACAGGCUCAACCGAGGUAGGACGAAUCAUUGCUCAAGAGGCUAGUAAGGUCCUCAAACCGGUCUUGCUAGAGCUGGGAGGAAAGAACUGCUCAAUUGUUCUGGACGAUGGUGAUGUGUCCCGAGCAGCAGAGGCAGUGCUUCUAAGUGCCACUUUGAACGGAGGCCAGAUCUGCAUGUCAACAGACCUCGCAGUGGUUGUCCAAGAUGUUGCAGAGGACUUCAAAGCCAAGCUUAGGCAGCUUCUAGCCGAUAGACCUGGAGAAACAUUCCAGUUGGUAGGACCAAAGGGCGCAGCUAGGACGCGCGCGUUGGUGGCAGAUGCGGAGGCAAAGGGGGCCAAGUCCAGGUCCUCCACUCAAACCCCGAACGUGAAGACGGUCCCCACCACUAUUCUUGAAGACAUCGAUUCGUCCAUGGACUUCUUUAGGAUUGAAUCCUUCGGGCCUUGUCUUGGUGUAGUAGUCGUUCCUGACGAGAGCGAGGCGAUCAAGGUUGCCAACAACAGCGAUUACGGACUGUCGGCCGCUAUCUGGACGAAGGAUCAUUACAAAGCGUUGGAGAUGGCGCGAAAGCUCCAAGUUGGCGCUGUUCACAUCAACUCCCUGACCGUUCAUGACGAGGCUACGCUCCCACACGGAGGGACCAAGUGCAGUGGGUUUGGGCGGUUCGGGGCAGAAUGGGGACUUGCAGAGUUUGUUGAGACGCAGACUGUGAUAAUUAAUCCAUAG